UUAAUUUCUACAAGGAGUAUUUGGCGAUGGUAUCAAUGCGCAUAAGGUCAGUGUAUCCACUGAUAAAGCACAUAUCAAGUACUCAGCCAAGUGUAAGUUUUAAUUUCGUCGCAAACGGACGUUCUUUAGCCACCGGCUCUUUUCAAAGAAAAAAAAGGACAAGAGGAUCCAGAAGGACUCCAGACUGGGAAACUCAGUCUUGGGAAGAGAGACUGGCCGACACAGUAACUCCUCUGUGGCGGUUAAGUUAUGAGGAGCAACUCCAGUUAAAACAGGAACAGCAGCACAAGAUUUUGCUCGCGCUCUCAGCUCAGCUCAAUCAGUUUGCGUCUCUGUCGUCCAGUGAGAACAAGCUCACUUUUCCUCUGUUACCCAUCGUGCCCUCACCGGUUCAGAACGGAUACCGCAAUAAGUCAACCUUCUCCAUCAACAAAGGGGUGGAUGGCAACCCAAAGACUGUUGGGUUUUACAUUGGCACUGGGAAAUCUGGUAACAUUGUCUGCAUUCAUGGGGAUCAUCUCCUUAACAUGCCUCCAAAACACAUCAUGGUCGCAAGUCACUACGAAAAGUUCAUUCGUCUCUCACCGCUGCCCCCAUGCAUUGUGUUUCACGAUGGGGGCCACUGGCGUGAGAUCACUGUCAGAACAAACUCAGCUGGUAAUACCAUGGCCAUAGUUUACUUCCAUCCACAGAGCCUAACUGCAGAAGACAUUUCUAUGCAUAAAGCAGCCCUGGUAGAAUACUUCAUACAUGGCCCUGGAGCAGCCUGCCAGCUGGACUCUUUGUAUUUUCAGGAAAGCACCAUGACCCGUUGUACUCACCAAGAAUCUCCAUUCCAGCUCCUUUACGGGGAACCCCAUAUCCACGAGGAGGCGCUUGGCUUUAAGUUCCGUAUUUCUGCUGACUCCUUCUUCCAGGUGAACAGGGGAGCGGCAGAGGCGCUUUACAGGACUGUGGAAAAGCUGAACCGGAACUGCGGAGCAGGCGUCUUACUGGACGUGUGCUGUGGUACGGGCGCUAUUGGCAUUUCGCUGUCCCCAAAGGUCGAGAAAGUCAUCGGUAUCGAACUUGUCGAACAAGCUGUGGAAGAUGCCAAGCACAAUGCAGCGAUCAAUGGCGUGCAGAACUGUGAGUUUAUUUCAGGUAAAGCAGAGGUUAUCCUGCCCGAUCUAAUACCCAACCUGAACACUGGCAGAGGCCUCAUGGCUGUCGUCAACCCGUCCAGGUCUGGCCUCCAUUAUCGAGUGAUCAGAGCCCUGCGAAAUCACCCAGCCAUCCGCAGACUCAUCUACAUAUCCUGCAAACCUGAGGGAGAAGCCACAAGGAACUUCAGAGAGCUUUGCUGCAGCUCAGACAAGCACAGAAAGCUCACAGGAGAGCCCUUUAAACUCACGGUUGCUGUCCCUGUGGAUAUGUUUCCGCACACGCCACACUGCGAACUGGUACUUGUUUUUGAAAGAUAA